AUGGAGAACUUAACAUCAUCACCAAUAUUUUCUCCUACACAACUUGUGGCAUUCCCUGAAGAAAUCAAUGGCUCAAUUCAUAACCUGAAAAUAAAUGAUAAUGGAGGUAUCCUGGCAUUUCUACCGCAACUUCCGGAGAAACCCACAGUACAAGCAAGUACUGUGGAAGUUUAUAUAAUACCAACUGAGAAAACAUUAUUUGUCCAGGGAUUUGACGUUAAUGAAUAUGCUGAUCGACCUCCAGCUUUACUUAGAGGCUGUCUAUAUAUAAGAGUCCUUAAACCAACAAAGAUAAGGUCUAUUGAAUUGCUGUUUCGAGGAGUUCAAAGAACUGAAUGGCCCGAAGGUAUACCCCCAAAAAGAAUUACCACUACGGAAAAUAAUGAAAUAUUGAAUCAUACUUGGCCCUUCUAUCAACCCACAGGUCCUCCACUUCCUAAUAAUGGAGCUGAUAUGUUUCAGGAAUUGGCUAAUCAUCAUGACGAUAGUCAUGGGCUGGACCGUGGUGAUGGAAGAAGAUACUCAGGCUCAGGUUUACGCCCUUCAAUGUCUUCAACCUCAAUUCUGUCUGAACUUAGUGGAGGAAAUUUCCUCACCAGAGCAUUAUCUCCUGUGGGAUUUGUGAAAAGAGCAGCAUCACCUUCCUUUGGAAGUUAUAACGACCAUGAAUCUGAUCCUGCUAUAGGAACUUUUGUACGUGGUGAUUAUAUUUAUAAUUUUGAACAUCCAUUACCUCCAUCUGUUCCAGAAUCAUGUAAGGUUGCCUUUGGUGAGGUUUCAUAUGAACUAUUAGUCAACGUUCAACGUCCAGGAGCAUUCAAAUCCAACCUUCAAGGUCGAAUGUCUAUUGAUGUUGUCCGAACUCCAAGUGACAUGAACCAAGAAGAAAUAGAACCAAUUGUCAUCAGUAGAGAUUGGGAAGAUCAAUUAAAAUAUGAAAUAGUUGUUGGAGCAAAAUCAAUUAUUUUGGACACUUAUAUGCCCAUGGCAUUCCGGUUCAUUCCUCUUUGGGGUAAAGUCCAAUUACAUCGAAUAAGAGUUUAUCUAACGGAGAAUUUGGAGUAUUAUUGCAAUAAUGAAAAAGUCCACAGAAUAGAGCCUCAACGGAAAUUCCUUUUACUUGAACAUAAGGCUGCAAAGGGUAAGUCUAUAUUGACAAAGAGUGGAGGAUUAGUUGAAGAAAAUUGUGAUGACGAUGAUGAAGUAUUACCAAGGGAAUUGGAGUUUCAAUUAUAUGUUCCUAAAGAUAUUGGUGAUAAAUCUAAAGUCCCUCUUCAUCCAGAUACUUCAAUUACAAAUAUCCAAUCCCAUCAUUGGAUCAAAAUCUGCCUAAGGCUUUCCAAACCUGAUCCUGAUAAUAGUGAAAAACGUAAACAUUAUGAAAUCCUGAUUGAUCUGCCUAUAAGAGUACUUUCUCCAUUGGCUGCGCAUUCAAAUACUAUUUUACCAGCAUAUGAUGAUUUCAUUCCUCCGAUAUUUGAUACUGUUGCUGCUCCUAUUUCACCUUUGAUGUCACCUGGUGUUACUCCAAUUGAUGCAACUUUGCUUUCUCAAUUAUCUCAUACAUCUUUAGACCAAUUGGCUAUUGAACGUCGUUCAGGUGGAAGUACUCCUAUUUCAUUCACCCAUAUAAAGAAUUCUGCCACUGAUGAAUUUAGAGAUCCAGAUAUGCACUUGAAUGCUAAUUUGUAUCAUCCAGCUUCAUUACAAAAUCUCUCAGAGAUGUCUUCACCUCAAGCAACACCUCAUCCUGAUACAUUUGUGUCUCCCGUGUCUUCACCUUUAAUACGACCUAUUCAUUUAUUACGACGUCCAAGUUAUAGUCCUCCUCCAUUUGAAGCUGAUACUCAACCUCCUUCCAUAGAUGAAGUGGAAGCUUUACCUCCUGCUUAUGAAGAAAAUGAAUUGUCUCUUUCACCUUUGAGAAUUGAUAUUGGAAGAGGAAGACCUCGUUCUUCCACUACAGAUUCUCUUGAAGUGCCGUCACCAUCAAAUAACGGUGGUAAGAAGGGUAUGUCUGUUAAAGAUAUGCUUUUCCGUCAAUUUGAUAAUACUUCCAGCAAAAGCCGUGAACGGACCCGCUCUACUGAAAAUGGAGGUAAUGGUAGAAACAGAAGUGGAUCAAAUUCAACACUUUUAAGUCGAAAGGAAUUGGCUAGUAAGGUUCGUCAUAAAACACCGACACAUGAAAAUAAUAAUGAUAAUGAUCUUGGUGUACUGCAAACUCAAAAUGGUUCAUCAACAGCUACAACGAGUUGUAGAACAUCUGAAGAAGAAACUACCACCACUACUACUACUGGAUCAACUCGAAAUUCAUUAUGUUCUUCAAUCAACAAUUCUAUUGGAGCAACAUCUUUAGGUAGUUCAAAUAGUGGUCGAGAUAGGCCUGCUAUUAAGGUGACAUCGCCCCAAGGUCAUAGUAUAAAUGAAGAACCAGAAAGAUCACUGUAUUAUCCAACUCCAGGGUCUCCAUUAAUAACACCACCUGAAGAGGAUGAUCUCACCGAUAUACCAAGUGCAAUCGUACCCCCACCUAAGAUGAGGGCCCUUUCACCAAUCAGAGGUCCACAGCAGCAACAUCGUUCACCAUCUAGAAGGUCUUCUGGAUCUUCAAUUAUUUCUACGGCUACAGAUAUACCAGUUGAACUCACACUCCCAUUAUUGGCAAUGUCUACUUCCUCAUUAGGACAACCAUCUGCUUAUAAUGUCAAUGUUGCAGGCAUGAACCACAUGAACGGGUCGAUAACGUCCUUGGGCCCUCUAGAUAAUCAUCGCAGACUAUCAGCUCUUGACGACCUUCAACAACCUCAAGAUGAUAAGACUACCACGCACUUAUCACCGUUUGGAAGGUUUAAUUUCCUGUAUGGAGCAGCAGGGUCAAAGAAUAAUAAUAAUAGACAUAUCCCACCAGAAGCAGACGAUAGUGAGGAUGCUAGUACCGUAGGUGGUUCUAGUAUGAUUGUCAGCAACAGUGAUGUUGAAGAUGGUACAGAAUCCACUAAUGGUACAAUUAAAGAAGCAACCAUUGGAAGAGGUAAAAGUACUUGUUUUGGAGUUAUUGAUAGAAAUGCAAAACAUUCUAACAUUGUUCUAGGAGGUGGUUAA